AUGAGUCUACCCACACCCGAUGUCACUCCUGCGUCAUCACCACUCAAGAUAAUGUCACCUGUCGACCUGGAGGAUGAUAUCGUGCCCAAAUAUCCGAAGAUAAAUAAAAACUCAUAUGAAGCAAAAGUUCGCAUAUUGCAAUAUAGCUCGUGUGAAUCUUUAACUCAUGAGGACGAACAAGAUGGUCAGCAAUCGUCAAAAAGUCUGAAUGAAACGGAGGAGGAAAUGCCUCAAGAAACAGUUGAAGAAACCAAAGAACAAGACAGCAUUAGUUUACAUAGUACGCCUAGUUUACGAUUUGAACCUGUCGAAGAACACGAACCAGUUGUGAAGACUGAGAGGAUGCUGUUCAAUUCAUUGAUCAUUAAGUGUGUCGUUCAAUUGGAACUUAUCCGAAUGAUCGACAAUGUCGUCUUUUUCCCAAGCACCAGCAAGCGAGAAGAUGAAGAUACUACGGCUGAAUUACAGUGUCUCAACACUCCUCGACGAACCGCUAAACGAAAACACGACGGACUGUUUCCACAUCUAACCUCUAACCAGCUGUUUUUGUUGUGGGAAGUGCUGGAGAACUCGUAUGAGUUUGCUAAAAGCUUCAAUUGUAACAACGAGCUGAAGACGGCGCUUUGGAAAGCUGUGUAGCUGAUGAAAGUUUAC